CGGGCAAGAAAAUAAUAGAUACCACACAACAUUUUUUUAAAUAUUACCAACAUGUCGCAAGCUCCAAAAAAGAAGGCUACCAAAGGCAGCAAACAAAUCGUUGAAGAAAAUUUAGCCACGGUGAAGUUUUACCGAAAUAUGUCUCUCAUCGCCACUGGACUGCAGUUUCUUGGGUUUGCGGUGUACACAGAAGUUUCAACGCUUGCCAUGAUCAUGACGAUUAUCUGCGUUAUAGCUCAUGCUGCAGGCUAUUACUUCAUGGCAUUGACAAGUAAACCUAAACUAAGCGAGAAAGGUGAAAUAAUAGAAACGGGUACCGAUCUCAACAUGGAAGGAGGCAUUACUGAACACGUGAAAGAUAUCGUUAUCUUGACAUCGGGCACACAGCUCGUGUCGAUGCUAUCCGAAUUCUUCUGGUUAUUGAUGCUACUACUCCCUAUAAGAGCAGGCUGGUUGCUGUGGCAAACAGUUGGAAAACAAUUUUUCCAGGGAGAUCCAAACGAGGAGGCUCCAGUUAACGAGAAAAAGCAAAAGAAAUUAAUGCGGAAAAUGAACCGUGCUCGGCAAUGACCGUUAGGCAGAAGAUUGGACAAUUAACUUAUAAACAAAUUGAUAAAUUCGAUUCCUCCCGGAAAUCUUCGUUUCUUCAAAUUUGUUAUUUCGUGUAGCGUAAGGGUUUUUGGCUGCAACUUUUGCCCCCAAUGGGCAAAUUGUAACAUAGGGAACACCAUUUAUCAUUAAGUAAAUCUUGUUUUGUUUUUAUUAGACUGAAUAUAAAUAAUUUUCAUGCUUUG